AUGGUCGGCAAUCUCCGCUUCAAGAGCCCGAUCCGCUUUCCCGUCGGGUCCUUCAUCGGCAUGGACCUCAAGCUUGGUCAGUCGUCCCCCACAGUCUAGGAUCUUCUUCCUCCUCCGCCUCGACUGAACCCCUCAAUUGGUCCCUCCAGGCGUCAGCAUCAUCUCCCUCUUCGCCGUUUUGAACAAAGUCGCCGGAGCGUACGGGAUGAUGGCCGUUUUAACGGGGGGCACGUUGGCCCAACCUCUGAGUCAAUUGACCAUGUACCUCUAUUCGAUCGCAACGCUCGUUGGCGUGUUGUGGGGGUUGAAAAAAAUUGCAGAGGUCUGUUACUGCAAUCGGGAAUGAGGCUGAGGAUUCAACUUCUUCCUGUUCUCGUCUCUGACGCGUUUUCCGUUCUCUCUCUCUCUCUCUCCUCUCCAUCGCACGUUUCCUGCACUACAGGAAAACGGCCCCAAAGUUCUGUUUUACGCUCACCUCUUCGCCCUCGAUCAUUGCGUCGGCACCAUUUUCACCUCCCUAUUCGCCGUCGUGUGGUACAUCUACGUACCUCAUGACGGUCGAAGGGUCGCGAAUUCGGAUGCGCAAAAGGAGAUGAUGUCCGAAGGGUCGGCGUCGAGUGCCACGUUUUUGGAUGAUGCGGCGAGGAAGGCGGCUGCUCAGGCCGUUUGGAAAGGUGAAAGGGGGUUCAGCGCAGCGGUUUUGAUGGUCGGGUGGUUACUCAAGGUUGGUUCGGAAGGAAGGAGAAGACGCGGGAGACGGCAACGCGACUAGGCAACUGACUUGGCACCAUUCCGUCCUCCCUAAACCCCUUACAAUCCCCCGCGCGUUAUUUUGGCCCUUUAUGUUCUCAAACACAGAUCUACUUCAUCCUUUGCCUCUACUCAUACGCGCUCCACCUACGUCGCAACACUUACGCGACCUUACCCAAAACCCGUCCCCGAGGAAUUUCGCUCACCUUUGGCCAGAACCCCGUUCACGGGACCCGAGCCUCUCGAGCGCCUCUAGGUGCGCGACCUCAACUUGCGACUCGACGUUCGUUAUCGGGAUCUUCGGGACAUCGUUAUACGCACGUGAGGGGUAACUCUUUGGCGACGGAUAGUGGGACCGAAACUUCGAUGGCCGAAACGUUGUGGGAGGAAGAAGGUUCGGAGAGAGCUUCGACGCCUGUUUUGGGAACGGGUGGCGGGGCGGUGACGACGACGACGACGACGACGACGAUGACGAGGCCGAGACGAACGAGUUUGAUUGGGAUGCAGAAUGCGGUUUUGGUGAAUUCGACGACGACGACGGAGGGGCAGAGUGGUACAAAUAGUGGGAUUGGGGAGGAGAAGGUUAGAGCGGGGGUAGGCGUGGCCAAGACGACGACGACGAGGAUGAAUCGGUCGUUGAGUGAGGGGAUGUUGCAACGGACUGAUAGUUAUGGAUCGGGAGCCAAUCAGGCGAGUGGGAAAGGGGGGCCGGGCAAUGCUUCGGAGGGGAAAGCGGAUGAGGAUUUGACGACGUUGAAGACAGGGGGUAACGGGCCGGUCGCGGCGUUUAGAUGA